UUGAUUGUGGUUAUUGUUUCAGGAUAUUUUCCACACCUUGGAAUGUUGAACCAGCUGAUAACACUGAGUCAUCAGCUGAACAGUGAUGCCUUCAACCUCACCAAUCAUAAAUACAUGGCUCAUCAGACUGCGCUGCUUUAUCAAUCUGUAAAUCAGGCCGGCACUCUGAUGAUGGACUACAAAAAGAAUAUUGAGUCAAAUUUCAAAAGUUUGAAAGCUGGUCUGGUACCAAAAGACAAAGAUUCUGUUCCAAGGUUACCCCAUGAACAAAAAGAAUGGAUUAACAAUGUCACAGCCAAUAUUCUGGAUGAUGUGCAGUCCUUGCCCCCAGGUCUUACCCAGCCUAUGAUAUCAGCCAUGACCUUUGUGGAGCAACAGAGACAAUGAAUAAAUAGUUUGUUAUUUGUUUAGUUUACAUUUAACUCCUGAUGUAAUCUUUUGGCUACAAAUUAUAUUAUUAUGUACUGUGUUUACCGGCAGAUAGGCUGCAGUAUUUUCGGAAAAAUGGGGCCAAAUUUAGGGGUGUGGCUAAAUCAACAGUACAAGCUUUUUGGCACCUCAUUAAUAUGCACAAUAGCUCAAGAAUUUUAUACUUAAAAUUGUUCCUCUUCUUAUUACCCAACAUUGCUUUCACAUUGAGUCAGCAAUCAUUCACUGUGUACAGCUAUAUACUUAGUCCAUAUUUUCGAAGAAUCUUGGUCCUCUCCAUAGCAAUGAGCACAUCAAGUUUUCCAAGCUGUUUCUUGUUUGAGGAAGUCCAGUACAGCUUGCAUGGGGGCAAUAAAAUACAUGCUGCAUACAUGCCUGUUUGGUUAUGUAUAGAUAAACAAAAUCACUUAUAAAUGUCACUCAAAUUAAGAAUAAUUAACUAUUGUACAGUUUUCAACAGUUUAAACAGUUAUGCUAUAUGCC